UAGUGUUGACUGAAUGACAGAUCACUGCAACCAUGGCUUCAAUCGGACACUGAAUUGAUUGUCAUUUCUUUGCGGAAGACUUUACGGACAAACAGACGGACAGACACUGCGGACAGACGUCUCGGUCGAGACCACACGCGACGAGUGCACCGCCGAAGCCAUCCAUAAAUAUGAUACACAACAACGAAGUGAUUUCCAUCGAAGAGGAUCUCCUGAACUGUCGCCAAAUGAUCCGUCGGUUUACGUUCAAUAACCGCAAUAACAACCUCCGCAUCGGUGUCCUAACCAUCGGCGCCUCACUGGUGUCCUGCGAACUCGACGCCCACCAGAUCAUUGUCAACCAUCACCCCAACGGGUCCAACAACAGCCACAGUCCGGCCCACGAGUCGGCCCUCAGUCGCACCAAUUGGAUCAGUCAUGUGAGAGGACCCGACACACUGUCCCUCACGGCCGGCCUCUCAUCAUCGCAGUCGCAGUCCGUUGUCUAUCAGUUGACUCAAGAGAAUCAGUUGAUAGUCACCGGAAGGUUCAAAUCGCAGCAACAGCUCCUCAAUCCAUACUUCUUUAAUUUGAAUUGCGCCACAAGUAAGACAUCACUGGACGGCCACUACCUUCAGGUGCGCUCGUCGGACGCCACGGCUCUCAUCCGACAGCAAAUCACGUCAAAUAAUUGCGGCGCCGAUAAUGAGAUCAAUUUCGUGACGGCCAACGCCUGUGCAAUACCGGUGCGCACCGGCGAUGACCAAAACGAGUUGGACUUCGACGCCGUGUAUUGUCUGCAGAGCGCCAACGCCUCCGACAUUCAACUGAUGGCAACGUUGCGCUUCCAGAGCCGCUCCGUCGAAGUGAUCGUCCAGAGCAACGGUGGCGCCGGUAGUGCCGGUCAGACCACUCAGACCCAGAAUCCAUUGACUUUGAAACUGAGGGUCCGCAUAGCGAACGGCGCCGUCUGUAUAAUGCCGGCGCUCAUGAAUGAAUUCAAGUGUAUUUACAAAUUCAUUUGGUGACCAUUUUGUGGAUCAGAUGACCGGUAGUACUAAGCGGUAGCCAAUCAGCUGUUGGCACUAAUUGGUAGUCAUCUGCGGUGACUAUUUGGUGAUCAAUUGGUGCGCCCAUUGAGUGGUGAUUUGUUUGUUGUUUGUUUUGGUGACCAAUGGGUGGUCUCUACUGUAGCGACCAUUUGGUGAUCAUUUCUUGUCAUUAAAUAUUUUGAUAGAUAUCUGUGUUUAAAACACAUUAAACUAAAAGUUUGUUAAAUAUAUUUAAAUAUAAGAAAUUAUAUCUAAAACUAAUUUUUCAAUUUUAAAUUGAGUCUAAGUUUAGGCCCUUUUUGUGAAUUAUCUUUUUUGGACAGCAAUUGUUUUGUAUGAAUGCUUGAAAUUGUUGUUUAAAUAAUGAAAUUAAUUGAUUGUUUUGUAUGUAAUAAUGAUUUUGUGUUUAUUUUGAUUAUUUAAAGAUAUUUAUGAAACUCAACGAACUGUUGAAACGCUGUUGAAAUGAUAAUGUAACAAAAAUUAACUCCAUUUCCCCACUCAUACUCCAUUAUAGCAUUAUUUACCACUGAAUUGUGAAUUCA